AUGAAUAACCAACCCUUCCUGCAAUACCACUUCUCACACCAAACUAAACCCCCUGCAGUCACGCCCAGAAUGACGCUUCAGGUGUACAUCCACAGACCCAUGACACAACAAUCAGCCAUUGAUUUUCAACUACCAAUCGUCACCGACAAUGAAGGUAAUUUAAUUGAAACAGAUUACAUUGAUCUCAUGUUAGGUUACCAUCAGAUAAACCCUGAAGACUCCACAAUGCUUAUCCAUGAGAUUUCGGAAUACGUCACGGAAGUCCUAAUCAGCAGCGUUCUCAACACGAACUUUCAUAUACAAAUAACUCUGACACUCACGGACAACAACCCAGAAGCAACUGGAAGACUUGACAUCGACCUCAUCAUAACUGACCUAGAGGGAACUACUAGACCUCCACAUAUGGAAGAACGUUACAACACAUGCACUGUGUGCUUUGAGAAUUUCAACAAUGGCAAAUACAUAUGCGCUCUUUCGUGCGGCCAUCAAUUUCAUUUCCAGUGCAUUGACGAAUGGCUCCGUACAAACAUUAGCUGCCCCAUAUGUAGGGAGACUGAUGUUUAG